GCGGAUAAAUGCACUGUGGUACUUUGCCUUGACAAUUGUAUAAACUGAUUGAUAUGGAAAGUUGUGCAGUUGAUUAUUAUUCAAAACGGUUUCUGGUACUUUUUGCAUGGGGUGUUUCAGUUGUGAGGAAAGGGGCAUAAUAUCUGUGAGUGGUACUGAAAAGGCCAAUAGGAUAAUUGUUAUUAAACAUGGAUGCGGCAGACUCGGCCACACAUGCCAAGGGUUGGCAACCGCCACUAUUUAGCACAUCAACAUGGCUUCUGAUCAUCACAGCCUGUGUUCUCCUAUUUGUCUACGAUUACUGGAGACAUCAUUAUCUGGCAAGAUUGGGUAUUCCCGGGGGAAGCGGGAAACCGUUUAUCGGUAACACCCUGGACUUCUUUUGCAGCAAAGAUGGAAUACAAGGCUACCACGAGAAGCACUUUGCCCGCUACGGAAAAAUGUUUGGUUUUUAUAUGGGCUGGCGCCCUGGACUAGUGACUGCAGAUGUCGAUUUGGUCCGAUUGAUGUGCAUCAAAGAUCACGCCAGUUUCACCAAUCGGAAAAAGCAGCUGAUUGACAACAAGCCAUUUGACAAGUCACUGACUUUCCUGAGAGAUGACCAUUGGAAGGACGUACGUGGAAUCCUCAGUCCAACAUUCAGCGGCUCCAAGAUGAAGCUGAUGGCGCCACUCAUCAAUGACUGCCUCGAUCCUAUGAUCAGGAAAGUUGCCAAGCACCACGAAGAAGGCAAGAGUUUACAAAUGAAAGAUAUCUAUGGUGGAUAUCUGAUUGAUGCUAUCGGCAACUGCGCUUUCGGUCUGACUCUGAACUCGCAGGAAACUGAAAACGACCCCUUUCUCUUCAAUGCCAAAGAUAUUUUCAAGUUUAGAUUCAACUUCACGAUCUUCGUUUCGGUGUUUUUACCAUUCCUGGCUCCUGUGCUGAACUAUUUCGGUGCGACUACCUUCAGACCGUCAACUAUGAAUUUCUUUGAGAACAUCAUGGACCAGGCAGUGGAACUUCGGAGGAGUGGAGCGGAGCGGAGAUUGGAUUUCCUGCAGCUUAUGCUAGACGCCCACAAGAAAUCCGACCUGACGGCUGAAGACAAGGAACAGGCGACCGAGGAAGAGAAGUUGGAAGAGGAGCACCGCAAGCACAUGAGCAAGAAAUCCCUGACGAUGGAUGAACUCAAAUCACAAUCAUUGACCUUCUUCCUCGUCGGCUACGAGACCUCCAGCAACACGCUGGGCUUCGCCUCCUAUCUCCUGGCAACCAACCCGGAAGUUCAGGACAAGUUGGUGAACGAGAUUGACACCCUGGCCCCCGGACGCGACGACCUCACCUAUGAGAGUAUCACCAAGAUGACCUAUCUGGACCAGGUCAUAAUGGAGACGCUCCGAGUGUAUCCUCCCGCCAUCCUCACUUCCCGUGAGGCCAACCAGGACUACCAGUAUCAAGGGUACACCAUUCCCGAAGGCAUAGAGGUCUUCAUGUCAGUCUGGCAGAUCCAUCAUGAUCCGGAGCUGUGGGAGAACCCGGACAAGUUCGACCCCGACAGGUUCACACCAGAGCAACGCGAGAACCGCCAUCCAUGCGCUUGGAUUCCAUUUGGAGUUGGCCCUCGCAGCUGCGUUGGAAUGCGCUUCGCACUGCUGCAGACUAAAAUGGGAUUGGUUCGGAUGCUGCAAAACUUCCGCCUGGAGACUUGUGCAGAGACCGAGAUACCGCCAGUUCUAAUUCUCGGCAAGUUUGCAUCCCUGAAUCCAGCCAACGGUUUCAAACUGUCGGCUGUUCCUCGAUUCUAAGGACCUUGCCAAGAGGGCUGGACGCUCAGCAUUGGAAGAUCACGUUAGAACCGGAGU